AUUCGUUCUACUGCCAUUUGCAAAUGCCAAUCUCUAUCUCCAUUCUCUUUGAAAAGUUGAAAAUAACCUCACGCAGUAUCUCUUUGAACAUAAUAAAAUUCACUAAAAAGUAAAUAUGGCGAAACUUGUGGAUUUAGAAUUGAAGAAAGCUUUCGCGGAAUUACAAGUAAAAAUGGUUGAAACCAGAAAAAAAAUCAACAUUAUCGACGCUCAAAUCGACGCCUUGGACAAAGUAUUGAAAUUUAUAGAAUCUACGCGACAAGAGUUAAAUGUUCUGCCCAAUGAUACCAAUACUUACAUACCUGUGAGCAGAAUGUUUCUUCAGGCGGACUUAGGAGACUUAAAGGAAAAUAUCGAAGAACGUGUGUCUAUACUUAGUAAACGUAUCACCGAGUUAGAGAACAAAAAAGAGUACUUGGAAAGAAAACUAAGAGAAAGUGAAGACAACAUAAGAGAAAUGGUUCAGCAACGGAAGGAGCAGAUCGAAGAUAAAACUAAUUAAAACAAUAAAAUGUAAUAGUUUAAAUGCAUCACAAUUAUGUAUGUCUAAAAAUGUGCUUUUUAAUUCUGACGAGGUUUUUAAUUACUAAUUUGCAAUGACGGCGAUUAUUUAAUGAACAACAAAUAUGCUGUAUUACUAAUUAUUUUAAAAUUGUUGUAAUGUCACCUAAUUAUGAUUG